GGGGACGGGAUAUUAUGGGCCUCGGUGUACGUACGGAGGCAUAGAUAUUUGAUUUCGCAGGGCAUCCGUACCAGAAAGCAGUCAGUCAGUUUACAGAAACGUCGAAGAACUUUUACUUGCAAUGGCUAAGAAAAACGCAAAAGGAACAAUUAAAAAAGAUGCCAAGCCACAGCAGGUGCAUAGGAAUGGAAAGAAAGCAGAGGUUGGAGGAGGAACCUCGUUUUUCACCUGGUUCAUGGUUUUGGCUCUCCUGGGCGUCUGGACCUCUGUAGCCGUGGUGUAUUUUGACCUUGUUGACUAUCAAGGUGUAAUUGCAAAAGCAAAGGACUUGCGCUAUAAUCUUUCAGAGGUAUUACAAGGUAAACUUGUGUCCUAUGAUGCUGAUGGUGAUGGAGACUUUGAUGUGGAAGAUGCAAAAGUACUACUAGGGCUGAAAGAGAAAUCCACUACUGAGACCAGUGAAUCAGCUGAGGGAACCCCUGCUGAACCUGUGGAAGAAGCUCCUGAAUCUAUUGAGGAAUUAAUCCAAGCCACUACAGUUAAAGAAGCAGCUCAGCCACCACCGGAGCCAGAGACUGUGGAAGAGGAGCCUGUUCCUGUGGAAGAAGAGCCUCUGGCAGUAGACGAAGAGCCCACUUCUACAGAAGAUGAAGUAGCUGAGGAGGAACCAGAAGUUGAAGAGGAGCAAGAAGUUCCUGAGGAAGAACCAGAAGUUGUGGAGGAAGAGCCUGAGAUUACAGAGACUGUUCCUAUUGAGGAAAAGGCUUUUGAGGAGGUAAUGGAAAAGCCUGCAAAAGAGGAAGAGGUCAUACCAGUUGAAGAAUCGGUUGAGGAGGCUGCAUCAGUGAAAGAAACAGCUGAGGAAGUGUUGGAGGAAGAGGCUGCACCAGUAGAAGAAGUAGUAGAAGAUGCACUGCCUGAAGAGGCAGUAGAAGAAGUAGCUGAAGAGGUUGCACCUGUGGAAGAAGCAGUCGAGGAAGUGUUGGAGGAAGAGGCUGCACCAGUAGAAGAAGUAGUAGAAGAUGCACUGCCUGAAGAGGCAGUAGAAGAAGUAGCUGAAGAGGUUGCACUUGUGGAAGAAGCAGUCGAGGAAGUGUUGGAGAAAGAGGCUGCACCAGUAGAAGAAGUAGUAGGAGAUGCACCGCUGGAAGAGGCAACAGAAGUAGUCUUGGAAGAAGAGGAUGCACCAGUGGAUGAAACAGCAGAGGAAGCCACACCAGUAGAAGAAGCUGUGGAGGAGGUUGUAGCAGUAGAAGUUGUGGAGGAGGUUGUACCAGUAGAAGAAUUUGUGGAGGAGGUUGUAUCGGUAGAAGAAGGUGUGGAAGAGGUUGUACAGGAAGAAGAUGAUGUUGAGGAGCUUGAACCAGUAGAAGGAGCUGUUGAGGAGCUUGAACCAGUAGAAGAAGCAGUAGAGGAAUCUGAACAAGAGGAGGAAUCUGAAACAACAGAACCAGUGGAAGAAGUAGAAACACCCAAAGAGACCGUUGAGGAUUCAGUCUCUGAAGAAGAAACCGUAACAGAAGAGGAAGUUAUAGAGGAAACAGAUGAGCCAAUUCAGGAAGAUGAGGAUGUACAAGACUACACAUCGGAGGAAACCGAGUUUGAGGCAGAAAAUAUGGAAGAAGAGGAGGAUGCAGCUGCUGAAGAAGAGCAGGCUGAGGAGGAUGAAACAGAGGAUAUUAACCAAACAGAAGAACAAAUUGAAGUAGAGCCCACAGAAACAUAAAAUAUUAGGCAGUAAGAUGCAGAGAGGACCAGCACCACAUGGCAGUCCACUAGAAGUGUGCAGCUGCCAAUUCCCACCAUGGAGUAAAAAAGAAAAUAGCUACAUUUCUAUUUCACAUACAAAGCACAAAUACAUGUUUAUUUGAAUGUUUUGUCCACUUUCGUUUGGUGAUUUGACUCCUACCCCUUUUCCCUUUUGAAUCCUUUUUCUUUAAUUACAGACAAAGCUUUUUUCCCCAUCCUCUAACAUAGAUGUGAAGUAGCCUUUUUUUGAAUUAUCAUUGAUGAUAGUUUGGUUGUAUUUUCUUUUCUUGCAUGUAAAAACACCUUAAUGUUGCUUUAUAGCUCAGAGAUCUUUAUAUUCCAGUCAGCACUGAAUUCAUCAGUGUUUCUUUCUUCAUCAAAUCUGAUGUUUUGCUUCAUUGUGACAGUACUAUGCAAAGCUGCACUGAUCUUUUGCAAUUUUUUUUUUUUUUUUUUUACCCUUUUUGUACUACCAAUAUGUAUUGAAUCUACAUUUCCAAUGUUGCAUAUCAAGGAAAAGUUUAUGCUGGCAGGUUAACCAAGAUAAUUGCUAAGUGAACGAUGUAUAGAGUGAAUGGGCAUGUGUGUGUGUGUGUGUAUGUAUGUAUGUAUGUAUGUAAUGAAAAUUCAUGUUUGACUUUGCGAAAAAUAAUUUCUCACUAGUACGUUUUCACUGUUUUCUUAUGCAACUUCCAGCAUACAGUCAACAUUUUGGUACCUCUGUUGUUGUUGUUUUUUCCUCAAUACUGUAACUGUUUUGCUAAGAGUUUUUGCAGUUCUUCACAUUUAGGAAAUUUCGAAACUCAAAUGCUUAGUGUUGCCCCCAUCCUGUUUUUUUUUUCAAUAUAUACUUGUCUUUUUCAGUAAGUCAUGUAUCGUAGGCUCAUGAUUUGACAAUCUCUGUUUCAGGUAGACACUCCACUGCUGUGCAGUAUGCGUAUGAUAAACAGUGUUUUACACCGUUUACUACUUUACACCGUUUUAUUUAUUUUUUUAUAGCAGGGUAAAGGUCUUACCUAGUAAUUUUUGUGGGACAUCACAAAUCAGUAUAUGCUUAUUAAUUGUCAAAUGUAAUGAGCUGGCUAUGUACUGACUACAAGGUGGAUUUAUUCUGCCCCUUUCAACUGUUGCAGGCACAUCUGUAAGAAUACAAGAUAAUUUUGUCAUUGUACAUUCAGAAAGAGAGAUGGUUAUUUUGUCACUUUAAUAUCAUAGCAAGUCAACAUUAGUUUGCUUUUACCAUCAA